AUGAAAUUCAAUCGAUCCCUCGAGAGCACAGCAGUUCUGAAGGAGUUGUUCCAGAUGUACAAGGAUUCCGGGUAUGACUGGAUGCAAUCGGACCUUGUGCUUCAAGCAAAGCGCUCGCAGCAAACUGCGGUCACCGGGGCUCGUUCCUAUGCUAGCUUCAAGAGCCUGGUUGAGAAGCACGGGGAAAACAAGGCAAAAAUGCUGAGAUCCGAAAAAUAUGCCUUGCAAUGCAACGGCAGCUACUUGCCGGACGUGCCAUGGCAUAUGGCCCACCCAGACUUUAUGGCCGACGAGGAGGAGGAGCUCUUCUUGGUGUUUGACUCCGCCAAAGUCGAGAACUCCAAAACCGAUGAGCAAAGCCACAGAUUCCAGUCCGACAUGCAGUUGAGUGGCGAUGAUCAUGCAGCUCAGCUUUCGUUAACGUGCUUCGUCAUUCCUAGACCUAGGCCAGCGCUGAUGAACCAGAUGCCGGAUCCCAUCGGUGCCGCCAGUAGCGGGCUGCCUGGGUUCACCAACAAUGCAUUGCAUGCAGGUGAAGUUCGUGAGAAUAAUCCGAAUAAGAACAAGCCAAAGAACCCCAAUCAGGCCAAGAAAGCCACUAGCUUCCAACAAAAGGGUCAGGCGAAAAUCAAGGAAUCGGGUGGCUUGCUUACCGAUGCCAAAACGUGGCUCCACAAAGUGGAUGAAGAAAGCAAGAAAUCGCCCGCUGAGGCAACUGUGCAGCUUUGCUGGAAUAAUUAUUACAUGUCAGCCUAG